AUGGAAACCAAAAUUUCACCAUUACAAAUUGACACUGCCUCGAAUUUGGGUGAAAAGUUUGAGCAAUGUACCAAUGAUGCAUCUAUCCAAAGGCUUACAUCCCCGGAUUUGAUUAUUAAUACAUGUGAAGUUGGAAAGGUUGGCAAUUCGUUUCCCGACAUACCAUCAUUUAAAGAAGAUCUGUUUAGCUACAACGAUCAAUCUGGUUUUAAAGGCGCAAAAAACAAACUGAUUUGUAGAUCAGAAUCACAUAAUUACUAUAGUCCAUCCUUUUCUACCGCUUGUGAUAUUGAGAAUAUAGAUAAUCUUGAUUUUGGAUCGGAUGGUUUGAGUACUUCAAAAAGUGAUAAUCAGACUUAUAAUAUUAUAUGUCAAUCACAGCUCCCACAAUUUGUUCCAAUUGGAGAUACUACCCCAGCGCUAGUCUCCUUGCCAAAUUUUUCCCCCGAAACAACAGACAAACACAACACAUAUCAUUUACAAGCACAUACCAUUCAGCUGCAAAACUAUCGUACCCAACCAGUUUUUCCGCAGAAAUACUUGAAUCACCAAACAUUUUUCACGAUAGAGGAGCUAAAAUCUGCGCCACUUAUAGAGAACAAUUUGUAUUGCCCUCAGAAAUUCACCAUAACCUCGUUUACUGAUGAUAUGAACAAUGUUGUAUUAAAAGACGCGGUGCCAAUGUAUGAUAAUUGUUCUGAAGUGAUGAUUAGAAACAUACAAUCUGUGUCUGGUCAGCCAUUCCAUGUGCCAAGUAAUCAAUACAGCGUUUUGUCAGGUGAACAAUCUUUUAAGGACUAUUCCAGGGCUAAGGAAAUUUCCAGUACCACUGAGAGUAAAUUGGUUCAGGACGGGUUUGAAACGAUCCAAAUUCCGAAAUACAAACCGAUUGAAAUUUUAGAAAAGAAGGUGCAAGUUCCAGUAGUGCACAAAAUCGACACGAUUGUUAAUGUGGAUAAAAUACAAGAAGUCGAAAAGAUUGUCAAAGUUCCAUACGAAAAAUAUGUAGAUAGGGUUGUUGAAGAGACUGAAAUUCAUUAUCAGGAUAAGAUUAUUGAGGUCCCGGAGUACCAUGACGUUACCAAAACAAUAAAGGUCCCUGAAGUUAGGGAACGUGUAAAAUAUGAGCCAAAGUUCGAUUUAAGAACCGUACCAAAGUAUGUGGAAGUUCCAAAAUUACAAAUUGUUGAUAAAUAUGAGGAAUACGAGGAUGUUGAGGAAGUAUGUAAAUAUGUUCCUCAGAUGCAAGUUAUUGAAGUGCCUAAGCAAACUGUUAAGACUGUUGUUGUACCUGUUAAAAAGAUUAUCGAAAAAGAAGUCAUUAAGCCUGUUAUUAAGACUAGAAAAGUCCCUGUUGAAAAAAUCAAGUAUGUUGAUAAAUAUGAAACAGUGGAAGUUAUUAGAAACAUUCCUCAAAUAGUAGAUGUGCCAGUUCCACAGCACAUUCCAAAGAUUGAAUAUAUUGAUCAGCCUUAUGAAGUAGAAAAGUAUCGAGAUAUACCAGUACCUUAUCCCGUGAAGAAGAUCAUUAAACCCAUUUAUUAUUACACGGACGAGGUUAAAUAUAUAGAAGUUCCAGUAUACAAACCAUAUCUGGUUAUACACGAUCACGUUAAUUUUAAACCCUUGAACAAUGGUGAAGAAUGUCAAUUUUCUUCUAAUAACAGUCUAUUGCCCAAUAUUGAAUGUCAAGGAUAUUCAAAAAUAGUAUCCAUCAAGCCAUUAAAUGUAGAUAAUCCCUCUGAGUACGAAGAUAUUAAAGCGGAUCAGUAA